CUGAGGACCAUGAGAUCUUGUUCGGGAGAACUGAGACUGAGAGUCAAUGGCGACCAUGGCAAGCUUCUCAACUCCGUCAUUCUCAUGCCGGGCGUCUCUUCCUCACUCAAAUCCUUGCUUGACUCGAUUGAGCUUCGCCAUGUUUCAGAACAAGAGUUCAGCUUUUAGCUGGGUUCGUGGAAGGAGAACUCUGUUGCUUCCUCUAAGAUGCUCUUCUCCACCGACUCAGGACUCCGAACCGGAACCAGAUACGACGUCGUCGUCGUCUUCAUCUUCUUCGUUGUCUUCUUCUUCUUCUCCGAGAGACUUGUCGUAUAAUUUGUAUGCCGGGCUCGGAGCGGUUGGGUUUGUGGAAACGACGUAUUUGACGUACCUCAAGCUCACCAACUCCAGUGUCUUUUGCCCAAUUGGAGGCGGUAGUUGCAGUGACAUACUCAAUAGCGAUUAUGCUCAAGUUUUUGGUGUUGUUCCUCUUCCAUUGAUUGGAAUGGCUGCAUAUGGCUUGGUGGCCGUACUUGGUCUACAGUUGACUAGAAAGAGCUUGCCUUUUGGACUCAACCAAACUGAUGCUCGUCUAGUUUUACUUACUACUAUUACAUCCAUGGCAGCUGCCAGUGGCUACUUCCUUUACAUUUUAAGUACUAAGUUUGCUGGGUCAUCUUGCUCCUAUUGUCUCCUCUCGGCUCUGCUAUCGUUCAGCUUAUUUUUCAUUACUCUUAAGGAUAUUGGGUUACCAGAGAUUCAAAAAGAAGUGGGUUUACAGCUCUUUGUAGCCGGUUUGGUGAUUGUUACUCUCAAUUCAUCAUAUAGUAAAUCUCGUUCUGGUCCCUCAAGCAUGGAUGAUAUUAAUCUUCCAUACUUUCCAACUGAGAUAACCUCAGAAUCAAGUCCUUUUGCUGUAUCUCUAGCAAAGCAUCUGAAUUCAAUAGGUGCAAAAAUGUAUGGGGCAUUCUGGUGUUCACACUGUUUAGAACAAAAAGAGAUGUUCGGACGCGAAGCAGCCAAGUUUUUGAAUUAUGUGGAAUGCUUUCCUAAUGGAUUCAAAAAAGGAACUUUAAUGGAGAAAACCUGUGCAGUUGUUGGAAUUGAAGGUUUCCCAACAUGGGUGAUUAAUGGGAAGGUUCUGAGUGGUGAGCUAGAAUUUUCAGAGCUUGCUGAAGCAUCGGGUUUCCCGUUUGAUAAAACUAGUCAAUCACCAGUUCUUGUCCAGUGAAAGUAACUUCAAUGUGCCAUCACAUGUAUAGACUUACUAUUAUAUAUUCGAUAUUUUCUCUCGAUUUACUUUUCCUAAUAAAUCAGAGAACUUUGUACCUGUA